AUGCCCACACUGGCUUCACAUUGGGCCGUGUAUGCACGAGUGUCGUGCUUGCGUACGGUCUUUGAGGGUGGCAAAGAGGGGUACUUUUGCUACCGUAUCCCAUCCCUCGUGCAACUUGGUCCCGACUCGUACAUUGCCUUUGCCGAAGGGCGCAAAUUCUCGUGUGAAGAUCAUGGUUGGAAUGACAUUGUGGCCAAAACCAGCAGCGAUGGAGGGCAAACGUGGUCAGCGCUGGCCGUGGUGUACGGUGAAUCCUCGACCAAGGCGAACAUCACCAUAGGCAACCCCGCGCCCGUUGUGCUCCAUGAUGGGACCCUUUUGCUCGUUUUCUGCCGCAACAACCAGGCCAUGCUGCUUCUCAAUAGCACUGAUGGUGGCCAAACGUGGGGCGGCUUUCGUGAUGUGAGCGCCGGCAUCGUCGACCCCACUUGGCCUUUCUUUGCCACCGGUCCGCCGGGCAGUAUUCAGUUGCAUACUGGUCGAAUCUUGGUGCCCGCCGAUCAUACAAGCGGGUCAACUCAGUCCAUGGCCAUUUAUAGCGACGACUAUGGUCAAACGUGGACUCGAGGUGCUAUGAUUCCCGACGGAAACGAAUGCCAGGCUGUGGAACUGCCCGAUGGUACCGUUAUGAUGAACAUGCGUACCUCGCAAGCUCAUCGUCAGGUCGCGUUUUCCAAGGAUGGUGGCGCCACAUGGAGCGAUCCCGUUGUGACGGUCAACGGAACGGUUUGCGAAGGCUCGACGAUCAUGCUGCCCGACUCGACAGGCACUCUUGUCCAGUCCUUUCCCAAUUCCAACGAUCGUGCCAAUGUCAGCAUUCAGACUUCGACGGACGGCCUGUCAUGGGGCAACUCAAUUCAGGUGUACGCUGGAUCAAGCGCCUACUCCUCACUGCAGCAGGCGAACAAUAACACGGCUGUAGCUCUGCUGUUGGAGAUGGAUAGCUACCAAAAAAUUGCCUUUGCCAUGGUCUCACUCGUUUGA